UGUGUUAGCAACAACAAAGUGAAGCUGGAGCAGAGUCCGUGUCGCCUCUACGCUGUCAGCAGCAUCUUCACUUAUCGUCCUCCGCCGGGGUCCGCUGGCUGGGAGGAUGGUUGGACGAAACGGCAGCCGGAGAACCGAAUGACAUUUGUAAGACGAUGGCUGUUGAUGCACGCCAGUUUCCAAACGCGGAAGGAGGACGCAGAAACAUGUUGCUUUAAAUUGUGACCUGCGGUGAACGGGGGAGGCAGAACAGGAGGAGGAGGACUGAGGCGUAGGCAAGCAUUGAGUGAUCUGCCACAGCUCCCAGUUGGUGGCCCACCGCAAGCGCGACGCAAUGGGCAACACGGCCACCAAGUUCCGCAAGGCGUUGGUGAGCGGCGACGAGGCGCUGGCCUGGCAGCUGUAUGAGGGCAACCCUCAGUUCAGGGACAGCCUGGACCCGAACGCAUCAUACGGAGAGCAGUACCAACACAACACACCUCUGCAUUACGUAUGCCGCCAUGCCAUGACGCGGCUGCUCAGGUCGUUCCUGUUCAGCAAAGAGGGGAACCCAAACAAGCGUAAUGUGCACAACGAGACAUGCCUCCACGUUCUGUGCCAAGGCCCACAGAUCCUGCUGCUGCCAGAGGGAGCGCUCUCUCCACGGCUUGCCCGACCGCAGAGGGACGAGCAGCGCCGCGCAGACUGCCUCCAGAUGAUCCUGAGCUGGACCGGCGCCAGACUGGAAGGAGGCCAGUACGAGAAGGCCAACGUGAACGCCACUGACAACCACCACAGCACCUGCCUUCACUACGCCGCUGCUGCAGGCAUGAAGAGCUGCGUGGAGCUCCUGAUCCAGAGCGAAGCUGAUCUCUUUGUGGAGGACGAGGACAAGCUGACGCCUUGCGACCACGCCGAGCGACACCACCACACCGACUUGGCACUCAGCUUGGAGUCGCAGAUGGUUUUCUCCUGCUCCUCGGCUCGGCAGUCAAAUGGAGACGCACACGGUGAAAGCCGCCUGCCGCAAUACAAGGAGCCUUACGAGGGACUGAAGAUUCAGGAUCUGCGCCGACUGAAGGACAUGCUGAUCGUAGAGACUGCGGACAUGCUGCAAGCUCCACUUUUCACAGCGGAAGCCCUACUUCGAGCACAUGAUUGGGACAGAGAAAAGCUUCUGGAAGCCUGGAUGUCUGAUGCUGAAGGCUGCUGCCAGCGCUCUGGCGUCACCAUGCCCACCCCACCACCCAGCGGCUACAAUGCCUGGGACACCCUGCCGUCUCCCCGCACUCCGAGGACGCCGCGCUCACCCCUAACGCUCACCCUCACCUCCCCCACCGACAGCUGCCUGACACCAGGAGAGGAAGGCCUGGCUACGUGUGGCAUCUGUCUCUGCUCCAUCUCAGUCUUUGAAGACCCGAUUGACAUGUCCUGUGGUCAUGAGUUUUGCAGAUCCUGCUGGGAGGGGUUUCUGAACAUAAAGAUUCAGGAAGGUGAUGCUCACAAUAUCUUCUGCCCUGCCUACGAGUGUUACCAGCUGGUUCCUGUACAUGUGAUAGAGAGCGUGGUUUCUAGAGAGAUGGAUCAGCGCUACCUGCAGUUUGAUAUCAAGGCCUUCGUGGAAAACAACCCAUCCAUCCGCUGGUGUCCCACGGCUCGCUGUGAGCGAGCGGUGAGGCUCACCAGACCGGGCCCUGGAGACAGCGACCCCCACAGCUUCCCCCUGCUGCCAUCCCCAGCUGUCGACUGUGGCAAGGGUCACCUGUUCUGCUGGGAAUGCCUCGGUGAGGCCCACGAGCCAUGUGAUUGUCAGAUGUGGAGGAACUGGCUCCAGAAAGUCACAGAGAUGAAGCCUGAGGAAUUGGCAGGAGUGAGCGAGGCGUACGAAGAUGCCGCUAACUGCCUGUGGUUGUUGACCAACUCCAAACCGUGUGCCAACUGCAAGUCGCCCAUUCAGAAGAAUGAGGGCUGCAACCACAUGCAAUGCGCCAAAUGUAAGUAUGAUUUCUGCUGGAUAUGCCUAGAGGAGUGGAAGAAGCACAGCUCGUCCACGGGAGGCUACUAUCGUUGCACUCGCUAUGAGGUCAUUCAGCAGCUAGAAGAGCAGUCCAAAGAGAUGACUGUGGAGGCAGAAAAGAAGCACAAAAGUUUCCAGGAGCUGGACCGUUUCAUGCACUACUACACUCGCUUCAAGAACCAUGAACACAGUUACAAGUUGGAGCAGAAGCUGAUGAAAACGGCAAAAGAGAAGAUGGAGCAGCUGAGCAGAGCCUUUAUUAGCCGUGAGGGCACUCCUCCAGACACCCGUUUUAUCGAGGACGGCGUGACUGAGCUGCUGAAGACGCGCCGCGUGCUGAAGUGCUCUUACCCAUACGGCUUCUUUCUGCAGCAGGGCAGCACGCAGAAGGAGAUAUUUGAACUCAUGCAGACGGACCUGGAGAUGGUAGUGGAGGAUCUGGCUCAGAAGGUCAAUCGGCCGUACCUCAGGACGCCACGGCACAAAAUAAUCAGCGCAGCGCGGCUGGUGCAGCAGAAGCGGCAGGAGUUUCUGGCGUCUGUGGCCCGCGGCGUCGCUCCCAACGACUCUCCUGAUCCGCCCCGCAGGAAUUACCCUGGAGGAUCAUGGGAGUGGGAGUACCUUGGCUUUGCAUCACCUGAGAUGGGAAGCCGUCACUCUGUACUGGGAGCAGGAGAUCACAGAGAGAGACAGUCGCAGGAUUAUGCUGACAUCCAGUACCGGCGCAGACACAGACCACGACGCAGAGGAGACAUGCUGAGUCUGCACAACCUCAGAAGCAGCAGCAACACGCCGGAGACCAGCAGGAGGAGCGAUAACACAGAUCCAGCAGAGAGGACAGAAGGUCGCCGGAGAGCCCUGGGCUCCCUCGACGAAGACGACCCCAACAUCCUCCUCGCCAUCCAGCUGUCGCUUCAGGAGUCCCGGCGAGAGCAGGGCCUGGAUGGCGGCGCAGAGAGGAGGCCGGGGACGGCGGGCGAUCUGGCUGACGUCGCUUUGCACUCCCUCAACAUGGAGGAUCCUCCGGGAGCCCGAGGCCCCUCCCUCCCCACUUCCCUGCUGGAUCCUCCUCGGCCCCCCAACAGGACAGACUCCACCGCGAUGCAGCCAUCCGUGCUCAGCUCCCUCCCCCUGCCGCCCCCUCCUCCCACCCUCAGCGCUGAGCUGCUGGAGCUGGGAGACAGCCUUAUGAAGCUGGGGAACAUCACCACUCCUUACAUGGACCCGGAGCCGGCGUGCAGCCGCGGCGCGCUCGCCGCUCCUUACAGCGACUGCAGCCACAGACCGGACCAGAACACAUCGACUCCACACGCCAUUCUGGAUCAGAUCGCCGUCACAGACCCCCAUCAUGACAGCAAACAGCCGAGCUACAGCGGCUCCUAUUCAGUUGAGAGUGAACACACUGCCUCCUGUGCGCUGGAUUGCUCUCAUAAUCCCCCCCAUCCUGGCACUUAUGGCCGGGAUCCGGACGAAGCAGAGCACUCCUACCAGCCAGGAAGCUCCUACACCGCCGAACAUCCCUCCACCUAUGCUCUGGACCCGCCCCGGUCCGACCCCCAGCCUCCUGUCCAGCUGUGCCUCCCAUCGCCAGAGCUGGAGCCGGAGCUGCUGCUUUCACCGGUGAUUCCGCCAGGGGGCCCUUUCACCCCCAGCGACCCCCAGAGCCUGCAGGCCCUGGACCCCACAGCCAGCGCUCAGCUGCUGGACAACAUCAUGGCCUGGUUCAACAACAACAUCAACCCCCAGAACAACCCCCAGAACCUGGCUCUCAUCCCGUCCCCGCCCACCACGGAAACAGACUCCUCCCCCGACACGCACGCCAGCGCCGAGAAGGACGGGACCGCCGCACCGGUCUGGCAGCCCCUGGAGGGCGCGCCCAGAGCAGCAGCCAGCGGCGGCCGUGAGGCCCCGAAGAGGCCCGACUCUCUGGAGCUGGAAAACAGAGACGUCAGAGAGGAGGGUGUGAGCGCGGGGUGUGUGUCGGACCUGUCGCUGGACGAAGAGCACAUACACCCGCGGUCACACAGCCAAGCUGACCCGGCGGCGGAGAGUGAAGCAGACACCGUGCUGCAGCUGGAGGGGGGCGGGUCGUCGGAGAAGUGGGAGGAGCAGGAACACUUGGUGUGACGGCGAGCAGAGAGGAAACCGAUCGGAGUGUUUACUGGAUGUACCAUACUGUUAAAAGAUGAUGUCACACACAGGUUGGACAGUUUAAGUGCUUUCUGUCUGUUGCUCCAGAAACAGACAACCAAUUAUUCAUGACAACAACAACAACAAAAAAGUUUCAGAUUACGUGAAAGAAAAUCUGUUGAUAUCAGAACACAAGAACCAUGGUUUUUAUUUUUAUUAUUACAAUUAUUUAUCCUCCUGCUUCUCAUAUUUAUUUCCUAAGUUUAGGGAUGAAGUGUUGGUGCUGCAAUCCAAACUUGCCUCAUGUUUUAACACUUGACUGACUGAUUGAUUAUAGGUGAUUGCUGUAAACCCGGAGCCCGAUGGGUGCGCUGGACAAUCAGAGGGGCUUACUUCAGAUUCCCGUGCCUGUUGUUGGUGCCAACACACUGAUCGCUCCUGCAUCGCUCUUACGUUGUACUGUUGUGUUUCUGCUGCAGGGACGUUUAAAGUCGAAUCCUUCCUCACAGUGGACUGAUUUGCUCGAAGGCACUUCUCAGAUGAAAGAUUAUUUCAGCGCAUCUGAAGAAUAGUGGAGUUUACAUGUACUCAUCAUGGAGGCCUGGUCACAUUUAUUUGGGGUUUUAAUUGAUUUAUUUAUUUAGUUUAUUUCACACUUUGGAAUAGUUAUGCAAGGGACAAUCGUGUGUAUUUUCCAGGCACGUAAUGCCAUUUUAUAACCCAGUCAAGUAACUAUGUUACUUUCAGUUGUUAUCAAAA